AUGCAAGAAAAUCAAGUACCGUCGACUUCACCACCAGCCCGUGACGAUUGCCUCGUAGAAGAUGGGGGAACUUCACCUGGAGUCUCCACAGAAAAAGAUGGAUAUGCAAUAAGUCACCAAUCUGGAGAACCUCCCGAUGGCGGUUGUAUUGCUUGGACUCAGGUUUUGCUAAUGCACAUUGUCUUCUUCAACACCUGGGGGGUUGCGAAUGGCUAUGGCAUCUUCCAAUACUAUUACACAAUCGUUUUGGGGCAAUCAGAAUCUACAGUCUCCUGGGUGGGAAGUUGUCAGGUUUUCUUUUUGUUUUCAAUUGGCGCCAUCACCGGUCGACUAUCAGAUGCCGGCCACUUCAAGCCCGUCUUUGCCAUUGGCGUAUUCCUACAACUUCUAGGGAUAUUCAUGACCUCGCUGGCGACCAAGUUCUGGCACAUUGUUCUCGGUCAGGCUGUAUGCUUGGGAAUCGGUAACGGUUUCACAUUCGUUCCGGCAUUAUCAAUCACUUCCCAAUACUUCAAAAGAAACCGGACCGUUGCUGUUGGCUUGUCAGCCUCUGGUGCCGCGGUCGGUGGACUCGUAUACCCGGUCAUGAUAAACCAGCUCUUAUUUUAUGACAAUUUCGGUUUCCCCUGGACAUUGAGAGCAAUGGGAUUCAUCAUGCUAGUAACAUAUCUGCCCUGCCUGGUCUUAUUCAAGCCCAGACUUCCCCCACGGAAGACUGGAUCCUGGAUCGACACGUCUGCGUUCAAAGAGGCACCUUUCAUGUUCUUUGUCGCUAGCAAGUUUUUGAACUUUUGGGGCCUCUACUUUGCCUUCUUCUUCUUGGGCACAUUCGCUCGAAAUCAAAUCGGCAUUGCCAAGCCAAUCAAUCUGCUUCUAGUGCUCAACGGAGUCGGUAUAAUUGGCCGCAUAAUGCCAGGCCUAAUUGCCGAUCGAUGCACGGGCUUGUUCAACCUCAUCAUACCGCUUAGUCUCUCAGCUGGCAUUCUCGUAUACUCCUGGGCGGCGAUCCACACAGAGGCUGGGCUGUAUGCCUUCGCCGUCAUCUAUGGUUUUGUCGCAGCGGCCUUGCAAGCCCUGUUUCCUGCGGGAGCCACCACAAUGACUCCAGAUCCAAGCAAAACAGGUGUUCGAACCGGCAUGGUCAUGAGCAUUGUCAGUCUAGCCAAUCUCACCGGACCUGCAAUCUGCGGAGCUUUGAUUCAACGCGGUGGUGGGAGUUAUUUAGGUGCACAAAUAUUUGCUGGAUCGUCGAUUGUCGCGGGCAUGAUAAUGGCAGUGGCUGCGAGGAUUGCUAAAAGUGGCUGGACAUUCAAGGCAAAGGUAUAA